GUUCUCUCGUCCCAGACUCUGGGUGGUGAUCUCCUUCUCGACUUUGAUCCUUCCAAGGAAACACACGGACACAUUUCGCAUCUUCUCGUGAUCCACCUUGUCUGCUGAAACACAACCUCUCAUAUCACACGAUGCAGCCUCAGAUCAGUCUGUCGGCGCUCGCCGCCCUCGUCCCCAUGGUUCUGGCCCUGCCCCAGCAGCAGCCUCCUCCACCGGGUCCGCCAGCCGCUUGCGCACCGGUCAACAUCAUCGUCGCCCGCGGGAGUCUUGAGGCGCAGGGUGCCGGUCUCUUGGGCAACAUUGCCAUGAACGCCUCGAUGCAGAUUCCCGGCUCCGUCAUCACGCCGUUGGUGUAUCCCGCACAACUCGACCCGUACCCGCCCUCUGUGUCGGCUGGUGUCAUGAACAUGACGACUCUUCUGAACCAGCAGGCGCAGCAGUGCCCCCAGUCAAAGCUCGUCUUGAUGGGAUACUCUCAGGGCGCACAAGUGUCACUUGAUACACUCUGCGGUACCACGGAUGGCCCCAACUUCAACACGACUGUUGCUCAGGCGCCCAUGGUCGGAAGCAAGAUCGCUGCCGUCGUCCUCUUCGGCGACCCAACUUUCAUCGCUGGCCAGCCCUUCGCCAAGGGAACCUCAAAGAAGAACGGCAUCUUCCCUCGCAUGGAUCUCGGCCCAUGCCAGGCCUUGCAAAGCAAGUUCGCUUCCUUUUGCGAUGACACGGAUCUCUUCUGCGCCUCGGGCCAGAACUUGACCGUCCAUCUCGGCUACUUCUCAAAGCAGGACUACAUCUCCCAGGCAUCGACCUUCAUCGUCCAGCAGACUAAGUAAGCCAGACUUGUAGACGAAGGUAUGGGGGUAGUGUAACACCCGAGAAGCUGGCGACUCGGUGAGUGCUUGUCGAUUAGGCCAGGCACC